CUAAGGUGUUUGCGAUUUAGGUCUGCGAUUUGCAAAUUAAAUAGUGCGAUAGAAAUGAGAACUAAAGUUAGAUAAGUAAGCUGCGAAGAAAGUUAAAGCUAUGUGACCUAAUGACACUACUCCAAAUCCUCAGCUGAUUGAAGAUGGAUAAGUUUACAGUAGACUUGGACAAGGUCCUGGAUGAGUUUGAGGAAAAUGAGGAUCAGCAAGAUAAAGUUCUGUAUGAUGUUUGGAAGUCUCAAAGAUUACAUGUCAAUGUAAGAGGAUUACAACAUGGGAAAGACCUAAAUAACUCGGGUGUUUUUGAAAGAAAAGGUGUUUUAAAUAUGCCUUCAAGAGACCUGAAAUCUACUAAUUUUCGACUGUCAAAGAACUACUGGCAUGCAGAGUAUGCAGAUAAAUUUGAUCUUGCUGAGGCAGACUUUGCAGCAAACUUGAAGACCUCCACUUUAAACCCCCCUUCUCCUGUCAAUGAAAUUAAAAGCCUGAAAAAUCAUGCAUCCCUUACAUCUGUAGAUCAGAAUUUAUUACUUCUGGACUCAUUUCACUACAUGGAGCAUAAUUCAAAAAAUACUGUAACUAUAAAAAAUGAUUCUCACAAUGCAUCUCUGAAAUGUUCUAAGACAGAUCAACAAAUAGUCCCUUCUAAUAUUAAUAACUCUUCAGGUUCAAAACCAGAAUAUUUACAAAAUGUUUCAACAUUGCCAUCCAAUAUUUUGCACACUCCUCAUUCACAGAAUGUUGAGAGCAUACAGUAUCCCUUGAUUUCUGAAUGUCAUUCAAAUCUGAUAAAAUCGCAUAAAUCACAUGAUACUCUGAGAAUGCCUCCUGGUGAAACUUCAAUAGGUAAUAGGACUUGUUUAACUAGUUCAACUACUGAAAUACCAAGUCAUUUAGAAGAUCAUUCACUCUUGAAUACUGAUUGCGCAUCAAGAUUACAAGUUGUCAAUAACAAGGAAGACAUUAUAAAUGGUUACUCUGGAGAGGAAGAUCAAGAUGUGUUUAGUGUUUCACUUCCAGCAGAAACUAAUAACAUAUCAAACACAAAAGUCUCACAAGAUGUGAAAUAUGAAGUUCAUUUACUGUCAUCGGAUCAGAUGUUAAACACUUUUUCUAUACAAGAUGUAAAUACCUCUAGUACUGCAGUAGUGAACUGUUAUUCAUUUUCUCCCAGCAGCAACAUCAAAACUGAAGAUAAGGAUGAUGAGAUCAGUGAUUCUUUUUUUUUCUCUGGUGUCUCCGAGUCACUCGAAGGUCAGACCAAUACCACUGAAGAAUGUAAAAGUUCUGAGUCCAGUUUCAAUUGCAAAAAUUCACAUAUUACUAGCAGUGUAGGCAAUAAAGAAUUUUGUUUAGCACAGGCUACAAUUACAUCUGACAGUAAUAAUAUUUACCUUAAUGAAACCAGUGGGGAUCAUUCAAAAUUAUCAGGUGCAAGUCUAAUUGCAGGAACAAAUCCGACUUUAUUGAAAGAUGAAGAAAAAGCAAAUUCUAAUGACCCAGCAGUUAUUGAACAGACUGAAGAUGGUAUUCAUUCUCUUGAUGAUUCUUCUCAAGAACAAGAUAUUGAAAAUAUUGACAUCAGAAGUUUUCAGAAUAAUUCCGGUCCAACAAAAUUGGAAGAUUCUAGACAUAUCCUUAAAGAUUGGGUUUCAGAAAUUGAAAAUAAAUGUGUUAAUAAUGAGUUAGAGUCUCAUCUCACUGAUGAAACUAAUCAGAACAACCACAGUAACAUAUCUCAAAAUCUUCAAGUGAGAAAUGAUACUCAAAGGCAACAUAAGCUCAUUUGUGAUAAUGAUGAUUUAUCUCACAUCAAAAGUUUUCUUCCUGAAACACAAAUAUCUGAUGUUAUUGAUGCAUGCUGUAAUUUAAGUCUGCCUGACGAACACAGAUGUGAGGCUCAGAUAACAGGAUUUAGCUAUUUAAGUGAUGAAGAUCUUAGUGAAGCAGAAAUAGAACACUAUUUAAGUGAUUUAACAUUAGAGGACACUGAAAAAACUGUAAAUAGCAACAUUGAGGAAAAUCACAACAUUGAAGAAACCCAAUUGAAAGAAGUGGAUAAAAUUGGUAGUCUUUAUGCUUCUGAUAGUAAUAGCUUAGCAAAAGAAGAAAAUGAAAUUUCAUUGUCUAUAAAAAACGAAAUUACCAGUCAACAUAAUUAUUUAGUAGAUAAAAAUUUUAGAAGAUAUGAAAAGAUGGUUAUAAACAACUGCUAUAUUAAAGACUCUGAUGUUAAUAACUAUUCUGUAAAUAAAUCAAUUAUGAAUGGUCAUUGUGUUAAAGAGUUAAUUGGUAAUGACUGGUCUGUGGAAAAGUCUGUCAUCAAAGAAGAAAAAAGUGAACUGUUAACAUCAGAUGCUGAUGAUACUGAAGGAAGUGAUUCAAAAUUAGUUGCAGAAGAUCAUAAUACAAGUGAUUCUGUACAUGAAGAAACAAAGAUCAGUAGUGAUGUGCAUGAAGUAAUGCCAAAUGUGUAUUUGUUAAAUUGCAACAAUUGUACUGAGAUAAAAUCUGAAACUGUAAGUCCAGUUAAAACAACAUCAGAUUCAACUGUUUUGUUAAAUGAGGAAGAGAAAUUUUCAAAAAAUAAAAAUAUGUUGUCAACACCAGAGCAAUGCUUAAGUUCUUGUGGCACUACAAAUACAGAAUUUAAGGAUGCUUCUGUCGGAGUGAAAUCACCUGAUGAAUGUAACAUGUUUGUUCCUUUACCCAAACUUUCUUCUCAAGGAACUGGUGAAGUCAUUCAGCCUAAAGUCCAACGUCCAACUUUCCUCAAUCUUCCCUUACGUGCUCACAUUAUGCCCAAGCCGGUUCUACCUUUAUCUUCAGACUCUGAUGAAACACCAUCUCCAGAACAUAAACAAGGUGUCCCAGUUACUGAUGAAAUGUGUGCAGGUGAAACAGGUGAUUCCAAUAGUCCUUAUAGUGGGUCUCCCCAUAUCAUGGACCCUAAUUAUGAAGAACAAUCUUCCUUAGAAAACAUGUGUGCAAGAUUGAGUGAAGAAGAACAAAUGCUUGGUAAAGUAAAGCCUUUCUGGAUACCAGAUAUUGAUGCAGCAAGCUGCAUGCACUGUGAAACCAGGUUUACAAUGAUUAAAAGAAGACACCAUUGUCGAGCAUGUGGAAAGGUGUUAUGUGCCCACUGCUGUAAUCAGAAAGCACGGCUGAUUUACCUUGACAAUAAAGAAGCCAGAGUGUGUCAUAAUUGUCUUGCAGUCCUUAAUAAAGUGCAAUUUACUUUAGUUCAAGCAGUUGAGAGACUGACUGGCAGUAGUGUUCCAGCAAGUCCCAGCCCUGGAGCUAGUAGCUUAGCUGUAUCUCCUCUAUACUCAGGAUCCAGCUCUGCACCUACAUCCCCAGGAUUUCUACCAUGUGAAUCAUCCAUACAGGGUCAAGCAAGAAAACAGCCUGAUCCUAACAAUCCACAAGAAUACUGUUCCACAGUAUCACCUCUGCAGCAAGAUAAUGGCAACUUGAAUAGGCCUCCUCUGACAGUAUUGGUACCUGUAGGAGUCCUCAAAAGAGCGGGAGAGAAGCCUCGUGGAGAACCAAAACAAGUUAUGUUUUCUGAUGGUAUCCGUCCUGGUGGUGAUUUAACCGAUCUUGAUAACUCUUCAGAUUGUCAUUCUAUACCAUUCAGACGUCAGGGUCAUGCCCAGAUGAAGGUUACUGGAGAAUCGGGCCCUGAACCAGGUGGAAGCUCUAUAGUAGCACCUGGUAGGCGAAAGAGAGGACCAGAUAGAGAUAUGCAGUGUAGACGAGUUGUCAUAUCAGAUAAUGAUGGCACUUUGCCUCCAAUACUUUUACCUACAGAUGAUACUGCUUGUCCUAUCGUGUUUGGAUUGACUAAGAAUUUGCAUGUCCUAUGCAAGUUAGUCACAUUGGGAUGCUGUUAUGGAAAGGAAUGUUGGUGUUUCACAAGUCGUGGUAUGUGCUCUGUUGGCCAGGAUGAGAUAGUUGUUAUUCUAGAAAAACAUUCCAGUGACCAGAUGGUACCAAAAGACAUUUUCCGUCUCUUCACUACUGUUUAUGAUAAUGCUUCUAGUGGUACCACAGUCUCUGACUUGGGACAUGUAUUAUUCCCUGAAGGAAUGCUGGGAAGCCGUGAUCAUAGUGGUUUCUUGUUUGUUAGGCCUACAUUCCAAUGUUUAGGAAAAUUAGUGCUUCCAUCUCCUCCUUUCCUUGUGGCAGUUCUUAUACAGAAAUGGGAAGUUCCAUGGGCAAAGGUUUUCCCUCUUCGCUUGAUGCUGAGACUCGGAUAUGAAUAUCGUUAUUAUCCUUGUCCUCUUAUCAGUGUUCGUUUUCGCAAGUCAGUUUAUGGAGAAGUAGGCAACACCAUAAUGAAUGUUUUGGCAGAUUUUCGAAACUAUCAGUACAAGUUAUCUACAGUUCCUGGGAUGCAUGCUGAAGUCAAAGACAAAAAAACUUGUAUCUACAUCCCACAAAACCACUAUGACCAGAUGAUGAAAGUGCUAAAUAAUAACAAUGAAAAUGUGCUAGCAAUGGCAUCAACCUUCAGCAAAGAAGCAGUUUCUCAUCUGGUAUGUGUGCAGAACAGUGAUGGCAUCUACCAGACCCAGGCUAUUAAUAUUCAAAAUGUAACACACAAAAGAACUGGAGUCAGUUUUAUUGUAUUCACUGGAGCACUGAAAGCUUCCUCUAAACUUACAGCUAAGUCUACAAUUGUAGAGGAUGGCCUUCUUAUUCAGAUUCCUUCAGAAACUUUGAUGACACUUAGAACAGCCUUAAGAGAAAUGAGAGAUUUUACUAUUGCUUGUGGACCAGUUGAUGCUUCAGAGCCAGAUGAGGUGGUCAUCUUAGAGUGGACCAAGGAUAAUAAAGAUUGUAACUUAGGGGUGAAAAGUCCUGUUGAUGGGAAAGACUUAGAUGGGAUACAAAGUCUACGCAUUCACUUAGGUACUGACUAUGCAGGAGAAAGAUACCUAAUUCGCUGGACAGAAGUGUUUUUAAUCAAAAAUGAUGAUGAUAGCAGUAGCAGGAGGUCAGACCCAGUUGACCCCGUUCGUCUAGCUGAGUCUAUAUCCCAGUCAUUCUGUCUUGCUCUAACACCUCAUCUGGAGCUUCUAGCAGAUGAAGAACUGACAAAGAUUGGCCUUAGGGUCACUCUUAAUAGUGAACAGGUUGGCUAUGAAGUAGGAGCCCAAGAAGAGGCUUUACCAAAUGCUUAUAUGAAUGACUUGGAUAGUGCACUCAUACCUGUUAUCUCAUCAUUCAGUUGUCAAGAAGGUCACCUUUGCCUUGAGCUGAUAUUUCACAUCUUGCUGAAGUAACAGGCUUUUUAAUUACACAUCAUUUGGUGUUCAUGUUCAGGGGCAUUAAGCAGGUUUCUUGCUUAAUGUAUGGAGAGCUGAAACGGUAACAGGAUAGUACUGUGCUGUGAUUAUAACGAGGCAGAAUCUCUGAAAAUAAGAAUUUUCAUAUGUUGAGUCCAAGUUUGCCACUAAGUAUACUGUGCAGAAAAGAUAUUGUGAUUGUGAAACAUUCUGCUGCCUUAUUUUGGUGUGUCUGUUUAAAUGCUUAUCAUAACAUGGAAGAAAUUGUAUCUAAAUUUAUUUCAUUUGUAAAGGUGUGAAAGAGAAGAACUGUAAACUUUGAGUUUCUAUUUUUUAUGCAAUCUUAAAACAAGGAGUACUUGAACUAGUGUAGAGUUUUGUUUUUAGAGAAACAUAUUCGAAGAACUUAUUUACUAGAAUUAAGAAGUUGAUAUAUAUAUAUAUAUAUAUAUAUAUA